GCUUAUCGGACCUCAGAUCUUAGUUUCCUAUCUAGCAUUAUACACAGCAUUUAAAAAGAGAAAUCAGACUGUCGCUGUCAUUUACAACUCAUCGAAAGCAAAGCCUGCAGAUCGACUUUAAAGCAGAAAUCAUGAGGACAGCUUACGUGUGUCUGAUACUUGGGCUGAUGCUGAUGGCGACCCUGAAGUCUGAAGCUCAGCCUUUUGCAGGUCCAGUCCCCGCCAUCUGCUGUUUCAAAUUCAUUGGCUUCGAAAUUCCAGUGAAUAAAAUUACAAGUGCUGUGAGAACAAGCUCAUAUUGCACAAACAAAGCCGUUGUGGUUACAACUGUAAAAGGCAACCAGUUUUGUGUGAAACCCGACGAGCCCUGGCUGCAGAAAAUAGCAAUAGCCUAAUAUAACUGUAGCUUCUGCCAUUAUGCAAAUAUGUAUCAUAUGGUUUCAUUGCUUUAUUAUCUGUUCUUUCUUACUAAAUAUAUUUCUGCACUUUUUUCCAUUAAUUAUGUAAAAAACACAAUGUUAAACCUCUUUUGAUUUUGCAAUCACACUUUCCUAAAAAUAUAUUUAAUUUGCAAUAAGUUCUGCUAAAAAUGCCAAUAAAUAAUAAAAUUGUA